AUGUUGGUGGGUUACUCUGUUGGUCAGUCUGUCUGUCUGUCGGCCUGCCAGUCGGUCAAAUGGUCGAUCAGUCAGUCUGUCUGUCUCUCGGCCGGCCAGUCAGUCUGUCGUCAGUCUGGUGGGGGGUCGGUCAGUUGGUCGGUCAGUCAGUCUGUAUGUCGGUCGGCCGGUCAGUCUGUCUGUCGGUCGGUCGGUCAGUCUGUCUGUUGGUCUGUCGGGGAGUCGGUCAGUUGGUCAGUCGGUCAGUCUGUCUGUCGGUCGGCCGGUCAGUCUGUCUGUUGGUCGGUUGAUCAGUCUGUCUGUCGGUCGGCCGGUCAGUCUGUCUGUCGGUCGGCCGGUGAGUAUGUCUGUCGGUCGGUCGGUCAGUCUGUCUGUCUGUCUGUCGGUCGGGCAGUCUGUCAGUCUCGGUGGGUCAGUCAGUUGUUUCUUUUCCUUCAAACUCUUUAA